CGAGAAUCUUCCGAGGCGCAAAAUGGCGACAGCGGCUGCAGCCUCGGCUUCGGAAUCAGAGGCUGAGCCCAAGACUGGGCCCGAGGCGGAGGGAGAGGAGAAUGAGGCUAAGGCGACGAGGACGAGGAGGAAGGUGUUAUCUCGGGCUGUGGCCGCUGCGACCUACAAGACUAUGGGGCCAGAGUGGGAUCAGCAGGAGGAAGGCGUGAGUGAGAGCGAUGGAGACGAAGAAUACGCCAUGGCUUCCUCAGCGGAGAGCUCCCCCGGGGAGUACGAGUGGGAGUACGACGAAGAGGAGGAGAAGAACCAGCUGGAAAUCGAGCGACUGGAGGAGCAGUUGUCCAUCAAUGUGUAUGACUACAACUGCCAUGUCGACCUCAUCAAGCUGCUCCGGCUGGAGGGGGAGCUUACUAAAGUGAGGAUGGCCCGACAGAAGAUGAGUGAGAUUUUUCCACUGACUGAAGAGCUCUGGCUGGAGUGGCUACACGACGAGAUCAGCAUGGCCCUGGACAGCCUGGACAGAGAGCAUGUGUAUGACCUCUUUGAGAAAGCCGUGCAGGAUUACAUUUGUCCUAACAUUUGGUUAGAGUAUGGCCAGUACUCAGUUGGUGGGAUUGGUCAGAAAGGGGGCCUUGAGAAAGUUCGCUCUGUGUUUGAAAGAGCUCUCUCAUCUGUCGGUUUACAUAUGACCAAAGGACUCGCCAUAUGGGAGGCUUAUAGAGAGUUUGAAAGUGCGAUCGUGGAAGCUGCUCGGCCCAUAGCUGGCUUCCUUUCCCCUUUUGACCGGGAACAAACCUUUGAUUCACAGCUUGAGAAAGUCCACAGUCUCUUCCGGCGACAGUUGGCGAUCCCACUCUAUGAUAUGGAGGCCACAUUUGCAGAGUAUGAAGAAUGGUCAGAAGACCCAAUACCAGAAUCGGUUAUUCAGAACUAUAACAAAGCACUACAGCAGUUGGAGAAAUAUAAACCCUAUGAAGAUUCACUGUUGAAUGCAGAGGCACCAAGGCUGGCAGAAUAUCAAGCAUAUAUUGAUUUUGAGAUGAAAAUUGGAGAUCCUGCUCGCGUUCAGUUGAUCUUUGAGCGUGCCCUGGUUGAGAACUGCCUUGUCCCAGACUUAUGGAUCCGUUACAGUCAGUACCUAGAUCGGCAGCUUAAAGUAAAGGAUUUGGUUUUAUCUGUACAUAACCGUGCUGUUAGAAACUGCCCCUGGACAGUCGCCCUCUGGAGUCGGUAUCUCUUGGCCAUGGAAAGAUAUGGAGUUGAUCAUCGCAUGAUUUCUGCGACCUUUGAGAAAGCUUUGAAUGCCGGCUUCAUUCAAGCCAAUGAUUAUGUGGAGAUUUGGCAGGCAUACCUUGAUUACCUGAGGAGAAGGGUUGAUUUCAAACAAGACUCCAGUAAAGAGCUGGAAGAGUUGAGGUCCACAUUUGCUCGAGCUUUGGAGUAUUUGAAACAGGAGGUAGAAGAACGUUUCAAUGAAAGUGGAGAUCCGAGCUGCAUGAUCAUGCAGAACUGGGCUAGGAUUGAGGCCCGACUGUGCAAUAAUAUGCAGAAAGCCCGGGAACUCUGGGACAGCAUCAUGACCAAAGGGAAUGCCAAGUUUGCCAACAUGUGGCUCGAGUAUUAUAACCUUGAAAGGGCACAUGGUGACACCCAGCACUGCCGGAAGGCUCUCCAUCGGGCUGUCCAGUGCACCAGUGACUACCCAGAGCACGUCUGUGAAGUGUUGCUUACCAUGGAGAGGACAGAAGGUACUUUAGAAGAUUGGGACAUAGCUGUUCAGAAAACUGAAACUCGAUUAGCUCGUGUUAAUGAGCAGAGAAUAAAGGCUGCGGAGAAGGAGGCAGCCCUUGCCCAUCAAGAAGAAGAAAAGGCUGAACAACGAAAGAGGGCCCGGGCUGAAAAGAAAGCAUUGAAAAAGAAGAAAAAGAUCAGAGGUGCAGACAAACGUAAAGCAGAUGAGGAUGAUGAAAAAGAGUGGGGUGAUGAUGAAGAAGAGCCACCUUCUAAACACAGAAGAGUUGAGAACAGUGUGCCUCCAGCUGAAGAAGCACAAGACAUAGAAGCAGAAACAGGACUUUUUGGGAAAAGUGUACCUGCAGAUGUCAGUACCCCUUUAAAACCGAAGGACAAGGCAGCCUCCCUGAAGAGGGACAUGCUGAAGGUGCCCCACGAUAGCAGUAAGGACAACAUAACAGUCUUUGUCAGCAACCUGCCCUACAGCAUGAGCGAACCUGAUGGGAAGCUCAGGCCACUUUUUGAGACCUGUGGGGAAGUGGUUGAGAUCCGUCCCAUCUUCAGCAACCGGGGGGAUUUCCGAGGGUACUGCUAUGUGGAAUUUAAAGAAGAGAAAUCGGCCCUGCAGGCACUGGAGUUGGACCGUAGGAAUGUGGAAGGCAGGCCAAUGUUUGUUUCCCCCUGUGUGGAUAAGAGCAAAAAUCCUGAUUUUAAGGUGUUCAGGUACAGCACUGCCCUGGAGAAACACAAGCUGUUUAUCUCAGGCCUGCCUUUCUCCUGCACUAAAGAGGAACUGGAAGAAAUCUGUAAAGCUCAUGGUACCGUGAAAGACAUCAGGCUGGUAACCAACCGUGCUGGCAAACCCAAGGGCCUGGCUUAUGUUGAGUAUGAAAAUGAAUCCCAGGCAUCACAGGCUGUCAUGAAGAUGGAUGGCAUGACUAUCAAAGAGAAUGUCAUCAAAGUGGCAAUCAGCAAUCCCCCUCAAAGGAAAGUUCCAGAGAAGCCAGAAGCAAGAAAAGCACCAGGGGGCCCCAUGGUGCCACGGCAGAUAUAUGGAGCGCGGGGGAAGGGAAGGACCCAGCUCGCUCUCCUGCCUCGCGCCCUGCAGCGCCCGAGUGCUACAGUUCCCCAGGUGGAGAACGGCCCUGCCCCAUGCCCAGCAGGCGCCACCCCAGCGGCCUCCGAGGCACCCAAGAUGUCCAAUGCUGACUUUGCCAAGUUGCUUCUGAGAAAGUGACCUGGAUGCUGAGAGAAGGGAAACACCUUACUUCAUGCUGGCCCGGAAGACCACCCGACACCCAGCUGCACACUGGACCUCGGGUGCGGCUCACCCUGGAGCAGCACCCAAGUGUGUUUUCCUCUGGUUUAGACAGAAAAGGAAAAGGGUGUUCCAAGUAAAGAGGCUUCAUGUGUUCCCUCACAUUGAGGGCAAGAGGAGAAAAAUGCUCACUGUACCAUUUAGGCACAGCUUGUAGUUUCCUAAGAUACUUUGUGUCUUAAAGAGUGUGAGAAACAGAAGUGAAACUUGAACACACAGUUGUUGAGACCCACUUGUCCAAAUGUUUUUGGCCAACUCUCGGCUCCCUUUUAUAAGAUGAUUGUCUUACACCCUGCACAGCACGUGCCCACCACUCUUAAUUUUUAAGACAAAAUGGCAGAUGCUAGUAAUUCACCAGAAUGGCCUAUUUUAGUAAAGGGGUGGGGAUAGGGGAGGUCAUAUAAAAAACAUUUGAUGAAUUUUUUUUCAAGGGGACUGUGUGUUUUUUUAUUAUGUAUUUGUAAAUGACACGUCAACGCAUUGUUUUUAUGUUUCCUAAAAGCAAACUAUUGGCAACAUUUGUUUUAUAUAAAAAUUCUGCUGUGGCUCAUUUUCUUUGCCUAGUGACUAGUGACUUGUAUUAUUUGUCUGGAUACUGAGUUUCAGCCCUUUGGUUUUGUUUAAAUACCAUGUCAAGUGCAAAACUAAAUUCUCCCCUAAAUAUUUAGCUUUGUUUAUUAAACUGAAGUUCUCUAAAAAUUUAUUGCUGAAUGGUACUCAGAUGUUCAUCACAUAUGGAUGUAUUUUGAAAUGGGUGUACCUUGCUUUCCCUAAAAAAUGUGUAAAUAGAAUUUUUGUAAAUCAAACUCUAGUGUCAUGUUGAUUUAAACUAUUUCAGCUGUGAUUUAGCUCAGUUUUAAACUUCAGUCAAUAGCAAUUUGACACUUCAGCUUUUUUAACCCCUCAUCUUUUAUCAAAUAUUUAUUGCUUUGAAAGCAACAUUGCCAGUUUAGUAGGGGAAGCUUACUUGCAGUCUGGGUGAAAAAACAAAACAGGAAAUUCUUUUAUCUGUAAUGAAAAUUAACUCCUGAUUAAUGUGUUUUGUAGGUUUAAGUUUUUGUGCAUCAGUCAGGCUUUAUUACCUUUUUUAACCUAAAAAUUUUAAUGGAAAAUUUUAAAUAGAUAAAAAAAUAGAAUAGUAUAACAAACUCCUGUGUACUUGUCACUGAGCUUUGGUGUUUCUCACCUCAUAGCCCAUCUUUCUUCAUCUCUACCCUUCCUACUCGCCCUUUUUCAUAUUAUACUGAGGCAAAUCCCAGCUGUCAUAGCCUUCAUCCAUAAAUAUUUUAGUAUGUAUCUCUAAAAGAUAAGGACUUGAAAAAGAAAUGACAUAAUUUUAUCAUUACUGCUGAAAACAAAAGCAGUAUCUUAAAUGUUAUCAACAUUAAGUCAAAUUUCAAAUUUCUGAGUCUCAUAAAUGUGUUUUUCCUCCAUAAGUUAUGAUUGGUUGAUAAUUUGUCUUUUUUUUAACCCUUGCAAUUAUUUAUUAGACACUGCUCCUGAAUUGAAUUCCAGCAGUGGCUGUCGCACUCUUAACACCACAUAUUCCUGUGGCUUUCCCUGUGGUGGUCUGCCCGGAAGCCCAUUCAGUUGGCGAGAUUAUCUGGGUAGCUCCCGAUCAGGGUCAUGGUGGUCAGUCAGGGACUUUACACUUGAAGAGCCAUGUAUAAUUCAUCAUCAGGACAGGUUGAUGUGGCUUUACUUUUUGGUGCUUCACAUUUAACUGUUUUGUUCUCUUGCUAUUAGCCAAUAAAUACUCCUAACUUAA